CAGACGCCACAUUAGUGAAGUGCUGUUUUUUCUCUUAAUAAUCCGAGUUUACAACAAACCUGGCUGAUUUUACCAGCAUGGAUCUGCACUUUACGGAUUAUAAACUGGGGGAGAGAAAUUAUGGCGGAUUUAUUUAUAAAGAGAAGCUACAAACAGCGCAUUUUAAUACAGGAACUAACCAGAGCUGUGCUGUGUCGUCCAGAUGUUCACCAUGGCUAAAUACAUACAUUUCACCUGUGAAGAAAUCCACCAGAAUAAUGGAUACAUCUACAAUGUUUCAUCUGAUAUAGAAUCCAAAUACCUCUCAGACACAAAGUGUGAUAGCCGCUGGUAUGACCAGAAUGGGGCAUUUAUAACUGACUGGAGCUCCCCUCCCAGUGAGGUCUCGUUAGUCAUUGAUGUUCAGCCAGAAUACCUAAUAACUAAGGAGUGUCUAAACGGUCUUCAACAUAAUUUCACAUGUGAUGGCUCUGGAAUAAAGUUUGAACACAUAUAUAAUGUUUUUACAAUGAGUACAUCAAACCCUCCUGAAACCAGCAUUUCUCCAAUAAGUACACCAGGCCCCAUCAGCAAUAACUCUUUCUGGUUCAUUCUUCUCCCCGUGCUCCUCAUUCUGAUUGCUGUUGGUCUGUUUUGCUGGUUGAAAAAAUGCAGAUACCUACAAACUGUUUGUCGGCGUCCUGAUGGGAGACGUGAAAACAGGAAUGGUGUUGACACCAACCAGUCUAACCACCAGCCCAAUGGAGAAACCCCACAGCACCUGAACCCUCAGCCUAAUGGAAUUGCUCUACAGCACCCGAACCCUCAGCCUAAUGGAAUUGCUCCACAGCACCCGAACCCUCAGCCUAAUGGAAUUGCUCCACAGCACCCGAACCACCAGCCUAAUGGAAUUGCUCCACAGCAGUCAGACCUCCAGCCAAGUGGAACAACCCCAGUGCCGAACAACAACACUGCUGCAAUUCCAAUGCCUGAUGAGAGAACCAGUAACAGAAAUGCUGAUGCUGUCACCAUGUCGGAUGAAGGAGCUCCACUGCUGGACACUCGCACUGCUACGAAUCGAGAUCCUGAAGAUGUGGAAAUGAAUGAAAACGUUAACGGGAAGAUCAACCCGUCGGACAACCAGCAAAACGAAGAAACUGAAGUACUGAACAACCAAGCAGCUGAGGGUGAGGAGUGAGUGUGUGAUCUCCAUGAGCCAAUGAGAAACGCUGGUUCACCCCAGAACCUUCUUCCUGCCUGCUUUUAUUCUGCACUUUUAUCUUUGUUUGUUCUGCAGUAGUUUUUCAAAGCAUUAUAGUUCUUAAAUAUUGUUAUUGUUUAAGUAUUUAUGCGAAUCCAGCAUUAUUUUAUUCAUUAGUAUUUAUCUAUUUAAGACGGGCAUAUGUGCUCUGCAGUGCAAAUUCUGCCAAACCCCCCUGCACAAACUCUGCUGAGUGCACUGCCAUAACUAUACAGUUAUACAGUACUUUGUUCCCUUGAAAUCUAAGGGCCUUCACAACUGUCGGAAAAUAGCCUAUCAGCAGUUGUGGUGUAAAAUCUCACUAACUGGCCAAGAUUACAAGCUGGAAAUGUUUUGCACAUUCUGCAAUUUCUAUUUUUUUAUGUUUUAACUUUAUAUCAAAUAUAAAAAAUUUUUUUUAUAUAUAUCAGACAUGAAAGUUUUUGGAAUCCAUGAACACUUACAUCUGCUGUUAAAACCCAGGUCAAAAUACAGUGGACCCUUGACUUACGAAUUUAAUUGGUUUCAAAAGGCUGUUCUUAAGUCAAAAUGUUCGUUAGUUAAACCUAUUUUUCCCAUAAGCAGUAAUGUAAAUAGAAUUAAUCCAUGCCAGACCUCCCAAACCACCUCCUUACCUAACCUGUCUAAUGUCUUAAAUGCUCUUUUUUGUUAUAAAUACAAGUUUAUUUUCCCUUAAAUCUUAAAUUAUAGAAUAGACAUUACUGUAAUAAACAAUAAUACACAACAAUACACAGUAGUACUGUACAUAAUCGUACGGUAAACUGUUUGUAACUCAAGGGUCUACUGUAUUAUGAACAAUAGAAGAGCAUGCAGAAUAAAGCUCAGCAGUUUUAGAACACAUUUUUAGUGGUUAAGGUAAACUCACGGUACACAGUAUAUUUUAGAAAAAAUCUAACAUAGGAAAAAAAAAACUUAAAAACUGUGUUUACUUAGUGUUUCCUCUCCUCUCUGUGAGAGGAUGUAAAGAAGUUAAAUUAAUAUCUAUCAUUUUGCCAAAACAUCUUUAAACAACUGUAGCUCAUUUUUUCAUGCUGUAUUUUCUUUACUUGCAUGGCUUUAGCACUUUGUUACGUGUCUGUAUUUCUGUCAGUAUUUCUGUAACGUGUGUGUGAAAAAGUUGUGUUGUGAAAAAGUCUUGUUUAAGCAGUAACUACCUUUUCUGUCAUGAAUGUAACCAAAGUGUGUAAAACAUGACAAAAAAAUCCUAAUAAAUACGUAAAUGAC